AUGGAUCAUCCUAAACUCAACCCAGACGCAGCACCAGUGCGAUUUCCAGACUGCUGUCUUGCGCUGUCAACAAAAUUACUCGACAUUCUAUCAGACAUAUUCUCCAGAACUACUACUUCAAAAGACAAAGACAAGCCAACCGUGCUUUCCGUUGGAAGCGGGUCCGGUUUGCUGGAAGCUCUUCUGCUAUAUCAGCAAGAUAACUCCGACACUGGCAUUACUUCUUGUACUUGUAACGUGGGGGGUGUGGAAGUUCAACAGGCUGGGAAAGACGCUGUCAACAAAUAUCUUCCAGAACAAGCCAUUUACACCGUCCGUGGCAGUUGGGACGUUGUGUCGAGAUUGCAGGACCCAGAUGUGACAUCGCUGAUGUUUGUCUAUCCACGCCAGCCAGGCUUGCUUAUUGAUUACAUGAAGGCUAUUGCGCGUGAGGGACUGAACGUACAGGUCAUCGUGUGGCUAGGCCCAAUGGCUGACUGGGAGGUUUUUGAGUCUUGCUUCCAUGGGCAAUUUGCAGCUGUUGAGAAAAGGCAAGGAGCCGAAGCCGGGCUUGAUGAGUAUGAAAUGAUGGCUUUGUAUCUUCACACAUCGGCACAUCCCCAACUCAGCCCUAUGCUACGCCGUGUUGUUUCCAUCAUGACAUCGUCAUCCCCAAAGCGUUUCAUACCACUCAAGAAGGGAAGCCAUAAACUCCCCAAUGGUACUCCAAGUCUUCGAGGCGUGGUAUUUGAUAUGGAUGGCACACUCUGUGAGCCUCAGACCUACAUGUUCAAGGAAAUGAGGGAUGUGCUAGGAAUCAACAAAACGACAGACAUCCUUGAACAUGUCGACACCCUCCCAAAAUCUGAGCAGACAGGCGCUCUCGAGUCUAUUCGCAACAUUGAACGACAAGCCAUGGAGACUCAAACUCCUCAGCCCGGUCUCAUGACUCUUAUGGCUUACCUCGACGCCAACGCCAUUCCCAAGGCAAUCUGCACCCGCAACUUUGAUGUUCCUGUUCAAAAUCUCAUGGAGAAGUUUCUUGAGGGCUCCCGUUUCCAUCCCAUUGUUACACGAGACUUUCGCCCUCCCAAGCCUGACCCUGCCGGUAUUCUGCACAUCGCCAAAGACUGGGGUCUGAAGGAUGAAGCUGGUGAAGGAGAUGCCAGUGGACUCAUCAUGGUAGGCGACUCCAUCGACGACAUGACAGCGGGCAGAAGGGCGGGCGCAGCCACCGUACUGCUCAUAAAUGAUGUGAACCGGCCCCUUGCGGAGCAUGCACACACCGACUUGGUCAUUACUACGUUGGAUGAGCUCGUUGGCAUCCUCGAGGAUGGUUUCGUGGGCAGAGAAGUCAGUUCCGAGUAA